AUGCAAGACGAGCAAUGCACACAUGUCAUCAACGUCUUGACCACAAAUAGCUUAAUACCUUCGGAGAAUAAUAACAACACUGUGCCAGUGCUUGUGACGAUGGCAAUCACAUCAACGAAGGCAAUUUAUCAACUCUUAGAAUUCAUGAUCAACGAUUGGAAGACCUACACAUUGUCAGACUUGAUUUAUUUGUUGACUAUUCUCACCAAGAAUAGUCAAUUAGUGAAGCCCUUCCUAUUGAGAAGACAUGUUGUGAAAAUUUGCAAUUUCAUCAUGCACGAGAAGAAGAAUGAAAUCGUUUGCAAUUUUGCUCUGAAAAAUUUCCUUUAUGAAUACUUGUCCAUCUCAUGGAAUGUUAUUGCCUGUCUAUUAUUUGAUGAACUGAGAAAGAGAAAAGAACCACUUGAAACCAAGACUGAAAAAAAAAAGAACAAGGACAAAAAACCCAAAGCAAAAUACACAUUCGAAAAGAGGUCCGUGGAAUAUUUGUCAAUAUUUGCAAGAAUGAGUAAUGAUGAGAAAAUGAUCCAAGAACUGGUUGAGAUUUAUCAAUACCUUCUCAAGAGUUGUGACAAUCGAUAUAUUGUUUCUCUCAUUAUCUCAGAUCUCAAAGAUUUGAAGAUUAGUGAUAAGAAAAUUUUCAAAGUAGUUUCAGCUCAAUACACACUUGAAACUCCCAUUGAAGAGUUGUGUGGAACAUUUUAUGAGUUUUGUAAAGCCACUGACACACUAUCCUUGGUGAAAAAUGAUGCCUUACUUAAAAAGAAGGCAUCAAAGGAAGAAUCUAAGAUGAAAACCAAAUUGAAAAAUGAAAAAAGACUACGAGCAUUGGACGUGAUGAGAAAAGGACUCACACUUGUCUCAAUUAGUAAGCAGCCAAAUACUCAAGUGAAAAUCAAUCCAGAUGUUUACUCUCCUACUGCCCUGAAGUUACAUUUGGCAGACAUUCUUGCAGGUCUCACUCCAUUCAACAGAGCAGCCUUUGUUAAAGAGUAUUACGGAAGUGAAAAAAAGUUAGCAAUCGAAGAGGAGAAAGAGUUCCAAUACUUGGGACGUUUAAUAAUUAGAUUCCGUAAUUAUGGUACUCGUGCAAUGGCCAAAUUACAAGGAAGAUCUGUAUUUGACAACGUUGAUUGCAACGACUUGAAAGAGCUAGCGAUAGAAACCUUUGAAAGAUGUAAAAAAGUUGACUAUUAUGAUUAUUUGCCUCAGGAUGUGAACCCUCUGAUUGAACAUAUUUAUUCAGACAAAGCAUCUUAUAGCUAUGAUGCUCUUUGGGCACUUUCUAUAUGUGUCGAAAAUGAUGGAAUGAUUAUUGAAAAAUUUUCACACGACAUUUUGAGCGAAAAACCAAUGUACACUUACUUGAUUGAUUAUGGAAUUAUGAAGAGAUUGCAAGAAUUAAUGUUCAUGUAUUUGAUAGGCAAUGACACGGGAGAAGAUCGUUGUGAAAGACUUCAAUUUGUGUGCGAGAGUAUUCGAUUGGUGACUACGUUGUUUAUCUCCAUGAGAAAUAAUGGAGAGUUAUUCAGAAUUGAACACAUUUUAAAAGAAACUCAAAUUCUCGAAUACCUCAUUGCUGCCAUGUACUAUUGUAGAAAUGAUGGAAUUAUCAUGGUCAAUUUGCAAAAGUGUUUUAAAGCACUCUGUGAAGCUCAUCCAAAAGUUGCUCUUAGUCUCAUCUUUGAAAAGUACAUGAGUGAUGUCAUGAUGAAAAAGCUCAACAUGAGAAAUAGCGUCUUCUAUAUUUCUGCACCUGUCAAUCACUUGCUAUGA